UCUCCAUCUCUUCUGACUGAAUCGCUAUUGAUCCUGCACAUAGAAGGCAAGUCGUACGGUUUGGCCAAUUCUUUAGCUGCAUUGCUGAGUCUUGUCAUACCAUCAUCUCACGUGUUCCGGUCACAAUGUCUUGUUUUCAUCAGACCACAGUAGCCUUCUGUAUCAGCUCAGUCGCGAGGGACAUGGGGGAUGAGUCCAUGGAUGCGCCUGUCGAGAUAGGCUCUAUUUCUAUCAGCUCAAUGAGAGAACCAUCAUUUUUAUAUUGACCUUCCUCCAAAUGCAGGCUCUCUGGGUUAUAAUACUGAUUGACGCAGCGAAGUGGCGCGGAUGAAAAAAAAGAAAGAGGUUUCCUUCUCCCUUGAAAAACCGAAGUGAAAAAGAUUACGUCGCUGAUUUCAUCUCUCUUUAAACAUAAGAUACGAUAUAUUUUGUUUAAUUUAGUUCUCAGUAACGUAAUCCUGGGCAAAUUAUAUUGAAGCGACCGAUGCCUGAAUGAGAAUCGCAACCAAUUAUUGACAAUGCAUGGGUCGAGGGGCUUGUUUUUAAAGCUUGUGAAUCAUAAAUCUUAAUUUUUGGUUGACUCCGUUGCACGAUCAUCUUUACAGCACGGAGCGUGGGUUGUCAUGGAUACAGACUCCCUGCCCAUGCAGGUGGAGAGGGUGGAGAGGAGCAUCGUCUUCCUGAGACAAGAACACAUGACCUUGCUGCAUGGACUACACCUGGAGAUCCUGUCCCUGCAGAAACGAUGUACUGAGCUGACGUGCGAGGUGAAUGUGAAGCCUCCAGGCAGGUCUCAAGUGGAGCUGCAGGAGGAGGAGGAGCUUCUGGAGGCGCGCUGUAAGGAGGCGGAGGGUCGCCUGGCCGAGCGCCAAUGCACUCUAGGAGAGUUGCGGAAGGAGCUAACCCACAAAGCCGGGCUGGUGGGCGCCCUGCGCUCCAACCUCAAAGACAAGGAGCGCCACUUCCUGGAAGAGCUCAAACGCCGCAGCCACCAAUCAACGGUCCUCAACACAGACCUCCGGAAGCAGACGGAGGCGGCGGCCUACCUGUCCUUCCAGCUCCAUGCUGCCAGGCAGAAGUUACAUCACCAGAGGCUGCAGCAAAGGCAGAACCUCAUCCGCGCCAAUAGUCAGGGGUCGCACCACACACCUGAGCGGAACACCUUGACCCCUCAGUUGCCCUCUGCAGCCCCCGCUGGCUCCCCGGUGGUGAAACCCAAGCGCCGGAGUGGUCGGUCCUUGUCGGGCCACGUUCGAGUGGAACGCUCUAGGGAGUGUGUCCCUCAAGAGCGGGUGAUGGGCCCUGCGGAGCCUACAGCUAUGCCUGACCCUGCCCUAUUCCUCCAUCCUCGCAAGCAUAGAGCCAAGGCACGCCACCACUCGCUGGCUCAUAGACAGCCCUUACUGGACGUAGGGAGGGAGGAAGAGGAAGGGAAAGGAAGUGGGGAGGGGCGUAUUGAGUCACAGGAAGACGCACAGAUACUGGUAGCCACAGCGCCCCCUGCUGCUGAGACCAAGGCUAAAUAGCCCCACUGUGACCAGGCCUUUAAAAUGCAACAUUAUAAUCUUGAAACAAAUAAUUGUAUUUAGUUUAAUGCUGUUAACUAUUGUCUUGCACCUUGAUUGAAUUAAUACUGAGAUGGGUAAUUAAAUCCUUGAUUAUAAUCCUUUUGCGGCACUACAUAUUGCUAUGUUGGACAUUUGUCAAUGCUUCUCAAUUUUGAAAUAAUCCAGUCGAAGAAGUACCUUUAUGACAAAAUUAAAUAUAACCACUUGUCAUUGCUGAGCAUAAUCUGAUGACACUAACAUUGCUCUAUAUACUAUUUUUGAGGUUGUUUUGACCUCUGACCUGUAUAGCAGUGAUGGACUUCCUGCAUGGCUCUUGGCCAUGUCUUUUUAGGAAACACCAAAAAUCACCUCUGUUAGUAUGUUUUUUGUUUAUGUGAUUUCUAGUUUGCUGACCAGCGGCUGGGAAACACUUUGUGUAUACUCUGUGUGUAUUCGAUGUGAACAGUAGAGAUUUCUAAAAUCUCCCUCCCCUUCUCUUGUCAAGAUCUUAUGUAUGACUGUAUAUGCCCUUGAAGUUCAGUCAUGCCCUCACAACCCAUCAUGAAUCCUGUGUUGUUUACUUUGUCACAGUACAAGUAGCCAACUACAAGCACUCUCUUACAAUGGUUUUAAAUAUGGCCUCACAUGUAAGUACUUAUGGGUAUUUAUGUAAUGUGCCUCUGUGCUGUAGUAUUUUAUAUCCUUGGAUAACCAAACUUAACUUCUCUUUUGACAACCCACAAUUAGUAUCUCAUAUCUGCGCCACAGAAAAUGUUUUCAGACACAAAUGGGCUAUCUAUUCUGGGUUUAAUGUUUUGUCGUCAAAGGAUAUGUCUACAUGGUACUGCAUUUAGACCAGCUGAAUACAUGUUUCUCAGGCGUUCUUUGUGGACUGCACAGGGAGAAGAUUUGUUUGUAUUCUUUCAUAACCAAUGGUGUGUUGAGGAUUUUUUGCCUCAGGGAAAAGGGACAAAGAGGAAAAUAGUUUAUUUGGAUUUUCAAGGACUGUAAGUGUUUUUUAAAGUGAGUUAAUGACGGUGAUAGGGAAGGAGAGAAAGGAAAAUCAUCAUAGGUAUCCUCUGGUUUGAUCUUAUCAUAAUUCAAAAUGUACGUUUUUUAUGAAUGUGGGUUUUGUUGAGCAUAUCAUCUGUGAAUAUGUAUCCUAGGAUAUAGUUUGUAGGGAGCUAAGUUUACAGUGUUUCAGAAUUGCCAUCUCGUGGCAUUGAUUUGCACAUGUUGACCCCUAGUGGUGAGGUGAGGUAAUAGCAAUUAGUAUUCAACAAUGUAUGCACUGAGAUUGCAUUUUGUGUUGAUGGCGUUUGAUUCUCAGAGUAUAGGAGUUUUCUUUUGUUACACAGUUAGAAGUUUUGCCUGCUUAGAGACAUUCAUAGUAAAGAAACUUCUAUAAUAGAACCAUCAAAAAAUGCACCUGUCCAUUGUUUGGCCAUACAGGUCCAUACUAAUAACAUAAUCACCACAUUACACUGAGUAAUUUAUUUGUAUAUUUUUUUUUUUUUACAAUUGUUCACAUUCAAUCUUGAAUUGGAAAUAUUAUUUUUUAGAGCUGGCAUAACUUGAGUACCAAAUGAGUCAGUAUGAUGUCCUUAUGUUUUUGUGUCGUUUGAACCGUAGCCUAUAUCUUUGGUGAGCAAUAUAUACAUUAAACCUUAUAUCAAUGUACUUUCAAAGUAUAAUAGCCCCAUGUAUCUGGGCAAUUAAUUUAAAACAUUUCAAAUUAACAUAUUUGAAGGACAUUUUUUAGGAUUGUUAACUUUAAUAUUUUUUGCAAUUGCUUAGCAUAAUAUUUUUAUGGAUUGUUUAAGAAAAACUUGAUAUAUUAUGUUUAAUGCCAGAAAACGUUAUGUAUUUUCUUCAAGGUAAUCAUAAUGUUUUGAGUAGCAUCAAGUUGGAAGGACCUUGUAAUUAUAACCAUGUCCAUGUAUCCAAGUUAAUUUAAAGAGGUGAUGCCAAUAUCUAAGCCUCUGUAGUGGCAUUUCACUUUUACCCAGCAAGCCAUUAAUCCCUUAGCUUUUGAUAACAUGAUUCACUCUUCCUGGUGGUGGGACCUGCAAUUUGACUGUUAAUCUUUUUUUUUCUUUAGACAAUAUAUUAUAUCUGCUGGGUAUUUGAGGUUGUAGUGAUGUGUACCGUAUUUUGCCACGGCCUGCCACAUCCAAAAAGGACAUUCUCUUUUAACUUCAUUUUCUCACUGGGAGUUAAUCUACUUAUAUUUAAACAAUUUCACAGAUGUUGAUCUGGUCUGAGGGAGGACUUCAGAUAAUGAGCCAAAGAGGCUAACCACAAACUGAGUUGAAUGGUUUUAUGUCCUAGCCCUGUAAGACCCGAUUUAAAAUUUCAACAUCACCUUUAGCUCUCCAAAAUACACAUUUGCAAAUAAGAUUUUUUUUUAACAACCACAUUUACAUAACCAAUGGGUCCUAUUGUCUUGCCUUGCAAAGCCAUUGGAUAAAUUUGGUCUUAAAAAAAAAAGAAAUGAGCAAUUAAAGAGCUAAAUUUGACGUCGUAAUUUUACAACAAGGGGUCUUACAGGGUUAAAGAUGAUUGAUGAGAUUAUUUUUCCUGUGCAUAUGAAUAACUAGAAGUGUUCUAUAUCUCACAUGCUUCGCUAUUCCACAUUUCCAAAAUACAUUCUCUUGAUCUACCUGCAUGAUUGAAAUAACCAGGGAAGUCCAUUGUUUUACUCCAUCAUCACGAAGAAUACAUAUAUUUUGUUUUGCUUCAAAGUUUAGCCUUUUGUAUCCUUAGUCAAUCUUGGUUGAGCUCAAUGAGAUGGGUGGAAUUGUGCACGAUGUGAUGCAACUCAGAACUUUUGUCUUUGGCAGCAUAUUGCAUUCUAUCUUGUUUGAAUUUAUCUGUUUUUCAGUUGUUUCUAGCAAUAAUGCAGUAUGGCACAACAGAAGGUUAUGAUGGAUGCAUGGGGUCCUGACUGGGACACACUCGCAUAGGGGAGAACAGACAGGACAUUUAGUUUUCUGGUUGGACAAACUCUAUUAGUCUGUCUUUAUUUACCGCAUAUACUGUGUUAUCUUACGACAGUAGAGCUUAAAGCUGUACAUUUUAUUCCAAUAAAAUUGAGCAAUGGCUAGA